CACAUUUCCGUUCCUCGUCUUCUUCGCCUCUCGCAGCCGCUGCUAACAUGGACGGAUCCCGGGAGGCAUCGACCUGACCAUGAUCCUCCCUCCUCUCACCUGCGGGACGAACCAGCUCUCACAUCCAGUGACGGCCACACCGGAGGCAUGACAGAUGAAAAAUGUCCCCAGCUGGUGGACUACUUCGUGGUGGCGGGUCUGGACCCCGCUGGGCCCUGGAAGUCCCUGGAAGAAGAUGGCAGGACCUCAUCCUCCUCUUCCUCUUCCUCUUCGGCGCCGGUCCGGGUGGUGGAGCCGGUGACGGACCUGGUGGUGAUCGCUCGGGGUCUGGGGGAGGAGGUACCAGAAGGUUUCACCUGCAUCGAGAAGACGCUGGGAGGUCACUCUGCCGAGCUGAGCGCCGGGCUCAUCAACAACCCGCACCUGUACCUGUGCUACCGGAGGGGGCGGGACAAACCGCCCCUACUGGACCUGGGGGUUCUGUAUGAAGGGAAGGAGCAGCUGAAGCCGGGCUGGUACGUCAUCGACACCACGCCCUACAGCCGCUCGGCCAGCCUGAGUUCUGGCAGCGCUCCUACGGCCCACCGAGUCUUCCUCACGUACCGCCGGGCUCUGGACUCGCAGGGCCUGGACACGCUGGGCGUCACCGACAUCGCCCUGCUGAUGCCCAGCAAGGGGGAGGUGGCGCCGCACACCUUCUGUCGGGUCGACAAGAACCUCAACACGGGCAUGUGGGGUCCAGCUCUGCACGUGUGCUACAAGAGAGCCGUGGCCAAAGCCAACGCCCUGGUGUUCCAAGCCGGUCUGAUCAGCCGGUACCCAGAGGAGGACCUGGAGGCGUUCCCUCUUCCCGAGUCGGUGCCGGUCUUCUGUCUGCCGAUGGGCGUCACCGUGGAGAGCUGGCCGCUGAACUCCAAGUACCAGCUGCCCAUCUUCUCCACCUUUGUCCUCACCUCCGCCUCCGGAGACAAGGUGUACGGAGCUGCCAUCCAGUUCUACGAGUCGUUCCCCAGGGAGCUCCUGUCGGAGCGGCAGAACAUCCGGCUCGGCCUCCUCAGCGUGGUGGACCGCCGCCCCAUCACCAGCCGCAGUCUGCAUGCCAAGAAGAGCAUCUGUGUCCUCUCCCACUGGCCUUUCUUCACCGUCUUCCAGAAGUUCCUCACCUUCAUCUACAGAUACUCCAUCUCCGGGCCGCACGUCCUGCCGCUUGAGAAACACAUCUCCAGCUUCAUGCACAACGUUCCAUUUCCGUCCCCUCAGCGUCCUCGCAUCCUCGUUCAGCUCUCGCCGUACGACAACCUGCUGCUCUGCCAGCCGGUCUCCUCCCCUCUGCCGCUCAGUGGUGCCAGCUUCCUGAAGCUGCUGCAGAACCUCGGGCCAGGGAACGCCUGCACGCUGCUCCUCGCCGUCCUCACCGAACACAAGCUGCUGCUCCACUCUCUGCGACCCGAUGUCCUCACCUCCGUCAGCGAGGCCCUCGUCUCUAUGACCUUCCCCCUGCGCUGGCUCUGCCCCUACAUCCCUCUGUGCCCGCUGCAGAUGGCCGACGUGCUGCUGGCGCCCAUGCCCUUCAUCGUCGGCGUUCACUCCAGCUACUUCGACCUGUACGACCCCCCGCCUGAAGUGGUCUGCGUGGACCUGGACACCAACACCAUCUUCCAGUCAGAGGACAAGAAGCCGCUGUCGUGGCGCUCGUUGCCCAGGAAGCAGGGGAAGAGUCUGUUCAGCACCCUGACCAACCUGCACCGCACCCUGGAGAAGAUUUGCAGUUCUGGCCAGGAGGAGGCGACGCUGGAGUUCCUGCUGACCGACUACGAUCAGAUCUACAGGCGUCAGAAGCAGCUGGAGCUGGAGAUCCAGGAGGCCUUCCUGCGCUUCAUGAGCUGCCUGCUGCGAGGAUACCGGACCUUCCUGCUGCCCAUCACCCAGGCGCCUUCUGACACCACCACCGACUGCAGCUCCCUGUUCAACCUGCAGGGGUUCCUGAAGUCCCGCGAGCGAACCCAGCAGAAGUUCUACAUCCAGCUGACCAGGACUCAGAUGUUCACUCAGUUCAUCGAGGAAUGCUCGUUCGUCAGCGACCGACACGCCUGCCUGGAGUUCUUCGACGAGUGCGUCCAGAAGGUGGAUGUGGAGAAGCCGGAGGAGGUGAGGCUCAUCGACCUGGAUGAGACCCACAGCGGAGAACACACCGUCUUCAUCAUGCCUCCCGAGGAGCCGCAGGAGGCUGAUGGCUCCGAGUGCCCCGCCCACUACAGUUAUGAGACAUUCCCCACCUUGAUAGCGGAGCUGUUUGACCGACCGCAGGACCCGCUCCGCGUCCCGGCCAAAGGCAGCGCCCCCAACAGCCCCGCCCCCCGGCGCACCAAACAGGAGAUCAAGCUGGCCCAGAAACAAGCUCAGAAGUACUCUGCGGUUCCGGACAUGUGGUCCAAGUGCUUGCUGGGUCACUGUCACGGCCUCUGGUUCAUCUACCUGCCCACCUUCGUCCGGGCCGAGAGCUCCAAGGUCCGCGCCCUGCACACGGCCUACGACGUCCUCAAGCACAUGGAGACCCGCAAGGUGGUGGUGCCAGAUGAGGUGUGUUACCGCAUCCUGAUGCAGCUGUGCGGUCAGUACGGCCAGCCGGUCCUCGCCGUCAGAGUUCUGCUGGAGAUGAAGAAAGCCGGACUGACGCCCAACACCAUCACCUACGGAUACUACAACAAGGCGGUGCUGGAGUGUAAGUGGCCCUCGACCAAUCAGGGGGGCCGUCUGCGCUGGGCUAAGCUAAGGAACGUCCUAUUGGCCGUAGCUCAGUUCAGACAGCCAAUCAGACGGCGGCGGAAGAGCGGCUCUGUGAGCUCCAGAGGAGACGGCGCCAUGGAAACCGACCAGAAGCUCCGCCCACAGUCUGCUCUGAUUCGCCAGUCCAGCUGGAGCGGCCUGAGUGAAGCGUCGAGUCACGAGUCUCUGAGCGGGUCGCUGGUGAAGAGCUGCAGCCUGAGCAGCAUGAAGACGCCUGGCGACAAGCUCAAAGCGUGUAAGAAGUCCUCUGUCCUCCACGGCUCAGGGACAAACGGGGAGACGGUGGUCAGCAAGCCUCCUCUGGGACGCAGAGACGCCUCCGCUCCUCCUGCAGCGCCCCCCGGUGGAGUGGUGGUGCGGCGCAGCGAGGUCUGCCUCUCCACGUUCUACAGCGAGUGCUCGGAGUCCGAGCUGGACUGCAGCUUUGGUGCGGAGGAGCGAUGCGGCAGGUCCGACAGAACCAGGAGCUCCGCCGGCAGCAACAAGGCCGUGGACGAGAACUACAACCACGUGUCGUCCCCGAGCCGAGGAGGUCUGGCAGGGAAGCUGCAGCAGCUCCUCACGCCAACCAGACACAGAGCCUCGGUGCGGCGAGCGGCCAGCGUGGAGAACCGGCGGUCAGCAGGAGGGCGAGAAGGAGGAGGGGCGGGUCGGAGAGCGGCGGACCAGAGGCAGUCCAGGAAAUCUCAGGUGGCUGAAACGCUGCUGAGGGCCAAGGAGCGGCUGGUGAACGCCACGUCAGAGAGCUCGCUGUCAGUAGGAAGUGACCUGGACCUGACGGAGACGCCCGCCUCGGCGUAUCCGCUGCGCAGGUCGUGGGACGCCAGCCAGGAGGGGGCGGGGAUCGAGGUUCUGAUGUCCAGCUGCUCGCUGUGCCGCAGCUGCAACUCGCUGGUGUACGACGAGGAGAUCAUGGCAGGCUGGACCUCAGAUGACUCCAACCUGAACUCGUCCUGCCCGUUCUGCGGCGCCUCCUUUGUCCCCUUCCUGAACGCAGAGAUCUGUGACCUGGGGCCCGUCGGCAGUGCGGAGCGCUACAACAUGAACCUGGAGGACGAGGUGGAGAGCGCCGUGAGGCCCCCUAGUGGCCAGGAGGCGGCCCUGCAGUGUAACGGCCUGAGUGACGACUCCAGCUCUGAAACCAGCAGCUACUCUGAGACCAGCAAGGCCACCACGGCGUCGUCAGCAGGAGGGACUCCCCAGGUGACCGUGGCUUACCUGAGUCCUCUGGUUCUGAGGAAGGAGCUGGAGAGUCUGCUGGAGAACGAGGGCGAGUCGGUUCUGGCCCAGCCUCAGUUUCUGGACAGCCACUCCAUCAUCUUCUGGAACCUGGUCUGGUACUUCCAGCGGCUCGGCUUGCCCAGUAACCUCGCCCAGCUGGUCCGCAGCUCCCCGCUGGUCAGCCAGUUCACACAGGCGGAGAGCUGCGCCGUCCGGGUCCGUCUCCUCUGGGACACCCUGAGCCCCGACACGGACCAGUGGCCCCCGCUCUACGUCCUCUGGAGGAUCCACAGCGGCGUCUCCAUGAGGAGCUACAGCUGGAGGCGACACAACCACCCCUUCACCCUGGCCUUCCUGGAGGAGGUGCUGCGCUGGGUGGGCAUGAACGAGGUGCACAAGGCCAUCACGCUCUUCCUGGACACCCUGGAGAAGCAGCCGGGUUCUCCGCAGAUCCAGAGGAGUCUCUACAGAGAGUUCCUGUUCCUGACCCUGGCAGCCAUGGGGAAAGAUCACGUCGCUGCCUUCGACAAGCGCUACAAGGCGGCGUACCUGCGCCUCAGCAGCUCUCUGGGUCGGGACGAGCUCCGCAGGAAGCGAGCUCAGCCUCCCGCUGCCAAAGCCAUCGACUGCAGACGCAGCUUCCACCCGCUGCUGGAGUGCUGAGCGGUUCUGGUUCUGGAUCGGCCGUCUGCGAGGCGGACCGCACCCUGCAGCCUCCACCCGCUUCACCUCUCUGCUGCCUCCUGGUGGAGGCCAGGGAGCCCUGCUCCUUCCUGCCGUCCCCAACUGAUCCUGAAACAGUCGGAGCGAUCGGACCGGGUUCGGACCUGCGGCCGGUUCUUCAGGCAGAGGAAGGAAGAUGCUGGGUGGUGCCGGGUCUGACCUGGAGUCGUCUUCCUGAGCUGGAGUCUUAGGGAACCUUCUCACUCCAGAGAAACUUUAAAGGUUUUAUUGUUGAAACUGUGAAAUACGGAUUUAAACAUUUUAACGCUCCACCAGAACCGUCUGAUUAGUGCGGAGCCGGUUUGGGUCGGCUGUCACACAACCCUGGAUCUUCUGCCUGCAGGUGGAUCGUCUCCGCUGAGAUGUUUCUCCUGAGAGCUUCUUCAGCCUCUUCCAGACUUCUGAGUUCUUACCAGCUUCCAUUUCAUCCAAAGUCCAGCAGAAUCUUAGUUUCUGGAACCAAACCCGGGUUUGUUCCCCUGAUGUGGCUGCAGGUUGUCCUCAGUCAGCCUCACAGAACAUCUGACAGCAAACUGGGCGGAGAGCAGAAUAUGUGCUCAGCUCCAGAUGGAUCAGAACCACCUGGGUCUCACUUCUGACUCAGCAGCAGUUUUCCUUCUCAACCUGAACAGAUUCCAACAAAAUUCCCCAAAGAAACUAAAAUAUUAGAAGUUUUGUUUGGCUGAACCGCCCAUCAACAUUUAUCUUUGACUCUAAGACCAGAACUGUGACGCCAGAGGAUAAGAUUCAGCCCGAAACUCUCUGAGCGCGCUCAGUCUGCGGCGCUGCAGACUGAGCGCGCUCAGAGCGUUCUGGUGGUUCUGAUCCGACGCACGUCUCCAACAAGGCGUCCGGUACCGAUCCGGAUCGCUGUCUGCUCUUGACCUUUCCUCGUGAACUCUAGCUCCACGCUGAAGGUCCAGGAUCGGUAGAGCUUCAGCGUCCAGCUGCGUCUCCUGCUGUCCUCCUCAGGCUGUCCUCACGGCUCCAUGACGCUC